CCUUUGCGCUCUGGAUUGAUUCAGUGGAUAAACGGCAGUUGCCAAUAAGAUUGGCUGCAUAUGACUGAUCAAAUAUUGACAACAGGUUAAACACUGAUGAGUAUAUAAACUCCGACCAUAGAGAACAAAUUACCCACCAAACAGUACAACUGACUGGUACUGAGAUGAAGUUACUCUUAGGAUUCUGCAUCGCUUUGGUGGUGCUUCACUUUCCUGUCCAGGGUGAUCACCAUGGAGACCAUGGGGCUCAUGGGAAGAACCAUGGUGACCAUUCACACGAACAAGGGCACAAGCAUGAACAUGGAGACCAUGGCGCACACGGGAAGGGUCACGGCGGGCAUUCACACGAACAAGGGCACAAGCAUGAACAUGGAGACCAUGGCGCACACGGGAAGGGUCACGGCGGCCAUUCACACGAAAAAGGGCACAAGCAUGAGCAUGGAGACCAUCGGCAUGAGAAACAUGUCAAUGGAAGCCUGAGGAUAUACCUGCAGAACGGCGGUUUUGCUUUCGAGAUGUACAAGCACAUGACCGCUCAGCCUGACUUGCAGUCCAAAAAUGUGUUCUUCUCACCCCUAAGCUUGUCGCUCGCCCUGGGUGCACUGUCUGUGGGGGCACAAGGAGAGACCCACCGGCAGCUGUUUGAAGGCUUAGGUUUCAAUGAAACGGACAUCACGCCAGAGGAGGUGAACGACGCCUUCCAUGACAUACUGAUGAAUCUGAACCAAAAGAAAGAUGCAGAGCUGUCUGUGGGCAGUGCCCUCUUCCUGGACGACAACUUCAAGCCUCGGCCCGAGUUCCUAGAGGCACUGAAGCGUUUUUACCAUUCCGAAGGAUUUACAACUGAUUUUACCGAGAGCGCCGAGGCCAGAAAUGCUGUUAAUAAUUACGUAAAAGAAAAAACACAUGGUAAAAUAACCGAAUUGGUAGACAGUGUGGAACCUAGUACUCUGAUGAUUCUGAUUAGUUACGUGUAUUUCAAAGGAAAAUGGGACAUUCCAUUUGAUCCUGCUAAUACGGAGGACAGUGUUUUUCAUGUAAAUGAAACACAUGAUGUUCCUGUGAAAAUGAUGACUGAGUCAAACAGCUUUUACAUUUACCACGAUGAAAAGCAUUCCACAUGUGUUCUCCAGCUGCUUUACAAUGAAUCUAUGUCAAUGAUGCUAAUUCUCCCUGAAAACGGCUUGGAGGCCUUAGAGAAGGUAUUCGAUGGGAAACUUGUGUCAAAAUGGCGCAGAUCAUUGAGAAAGAUGCCAUAUAAAGUGUCGAUUCCAAAAUUUUCUAUCAAGACAUCAUAUUCACUGAAAGAAGUCAUUGCUGAAAUGGGAAUCACAGACAUAUUUAGCCAAACUGCCAACUUUAAAGGAAUCUCAGAUGACCCACUGUCAGUUUCAAAGGUUCUUCAAAAGGCCACUUUAGAUGUCGAUGAGGAAGGAUCUACAGCAACCGCAGCAACAUCCAUACAUCUUAUACGAACCUCAGGAUUCAUUCCAACAAAUACCCUGAGGUUUGAUCGUCCUUUUGUUGUUAUAAUAGCAAAUCGUGAUACAAGGAGUAUAUUAUUCAUGGGUAAAAUUGUAAAUCCCACAAAAUAAGAAAAAGUGUUUUUCUGGGCAGGCCUUUUACAUCUUAUUCCUUCUUUGCAUAAGUUGAUUAUAUGAUUUUUACUAUAUUCUUUGUCAGCAGUUGUAUCAGCUUUGUCCAUCAAAGCCCUUGUCAAACCAUUAAACAAAUCUUUUCAAAUAAAACAAUAAAAUGUGA